AUGGCGGCGGCUGCACAAGGCGGACACAUACAGGCGAUGUACAACCUGGCGAUGAUGCAGCUGGCCGGCCAGGGCACUACCCAAGACUGCGCCAACGACGCGUCCCAGCCUGGCGCCCCGUGCGCCACGCUGGCGCCUAUAUCUGAGCGCGGCCACGUGGCUGCCGGCGCCCUGCAGGGCGGCCACGAGGCCUUCUUCAGGGGCAGCUACACGCAGGCCCUCCUGCUCUACCUGGCCGCCAGCGAGAUGGGCGUCGAGCUCGCCCAGUCCAACGCGGCCUGGAUGCUCGAGCGCGGCUACGGCCACGCUGGCCCCAACGCCGCGGUCGUGGCCAUGAGCCUGCACCGCCGCAGCGCGGAGCAGGGCAACGUGCAGAGCCUGCUCAACCUGGGGGAUGGCUACUACUACGGCACUGGCGUGGCGCAGGACUGGGUCCGCGCCGCCUCAAUCUACUACGAAGCGUACCGCGAGCGCAACCCAGAGGCCAUGUUCAACCUCGGGUUCAUGCACGAAUUUGGGGCCGGCGUGCCGCAGGACCUGGCGCUGGCGGGCAAGCUCUACGACAUGGCCGCGCACACCCAGCCCGACGCCGGACUGCCAGUCCAGAUCGCCAAGGCCUGGCUGCGCGCCCACGCCGCCUUCGAGUGGGUGCGCCCGCGGCUGCCCGCGGCGGCGGCGUGGCUGCCCGCGCAGCUGUUUGCGCUGCGGCCGCGCGGCGGCGGUGGCGGGGGCGGCGGCGGCGGCGGAGGCACGACCGGCGGCGGCGGCGGGCACGGGGGCUUGGCGGCGGGGCUGAUGCCUCCGGUGUUGGCAAUGCAUUGGGAGAGCCUGGCAGGGCGGCUGACGGAUUGGGCGGGCUUCCGGCUGCUUGGGGGCUCGGGCGGCGGCCGCGGCGGCCGCGGGGACGCGGACGGCGACAGCGCGGCGGGGGGCAGCGGCGACCAGGGUGAGACGGUGCUGCUGCUGGUGCUGCUGGUGGUGCUCUUCAUAGUGCUGCGCAUCCGGAAGCAGCGGCAGACGGCGCUCGAGGCGCGGCUGCGGCGCCAGCUGGCGGAGGGGGGCGGGGAGGCGGCGGACGUGCAGCGGGCGGAGCGGCUGCUGGGCGUGAGGGCGGCCCCGCUGCCGGCGACGGGGGCGGCGGCGGGGGUGACGGGAGCGGAGCAGGCGCGGCGGGCGGCGGCGGACGCAGCCGAGGAGCGGCAGCAGCAGCGAGGCAGCGGCGGCGACGGCAGCGGCGCGGGCGCGGGCACGGGCGCCAACGUGGGCGCAACAGGCGAUCAGGGGGAGGACGCGGGCGGCGGAGGCGGCGCUGCAGGCGGCGCUGCAAGCGCAGAGGGGGAUGCAAACGAAACCAGCCAGCUGCGGCAGCGGCGGCGACCCCGGGAGGAGGGGGCGGGCGGUGUCGAGGGCACCGGGUGA